AUGCGCACUCAUUUUGUAUCUGCCCUGGGUAUUUUUGCGUUGCCUCUCGUCUUCGGCCAGGAUGACAUUGGGUUCGGCAAUGGCACGUAUGCUUUCAAGACCAGAAACUGGGAAGCGGUCAUUGUUAGAGACUCCGCCACGCUUGCAUCCCUGAAACCAACCGGAAGCGAUUUCGAUAUCCUCCCAUAUGACUUAAUGCAACUCGGCCGGCGUGUCCAGAACGGAUGCUACCAUUGGGGCGACAUCAACAUUCGAUACCGAGGAACUUCAUCAGACACAUGGAAUGAAACCAGCUCCGCCACCGCGAGGCAGCCGGUCAUCGAAGCUGGAACAGGAGCUUUGGUCUCAUCCGAUUUAUCUCCGACCAUGGCACUUGGCCCGUUGAAGGUGAUCCGGGAAUGGAUCGAUGUCUCUGGCGACCUGGGGCUGCGGUUCACAAUCACCAAUUCGGGCGAUGAAGAUGUCGAGAUAGGGGCGCUAGGAUUUGCGGCGGCGGCCAACAGCAUCUUCACGAAAAGAAACGUGUCGGACGUUAAUGAAAAGUGUUCCUUCAUGGAGCCGUACAUAGGACAGGACGCCGGCCAUCUUCGAGUUUUACCCCUGAAUGGAGUUGGCCCCGCUCUCGUCAUCACGCCGCUGUACAAGACACCGUUGGAAGCAUAUCGCUGGCUGUGGGAAGAUAACAAGGGAGAGACCAGGAUCGGAUCAAACAUGUGGGAGGGAUUCUUCGAGUGGACUGUUCACAGCAAGGCUUGGGCUGAGAACGAGUGGAUGGAUGUGGAGCCUUGGAAUACACCAACAAACGCCGUACUCAAGCCAGGAGAAUCGCGGAGAUAUGGCCUCCGAUUUACAGCGGUCAACGAAGGCGUGCAAAAGAUUGACGCCGCGAUCGCGAACGCUCUGCAAGUCAUCGACCGAGGCAAUAAAACAUACACCGUUCAGCCAUCUUCAUCAACCUGGGGCCGCGUGCGCCUCAACGUCGACUAUGACAACAACACUACCCAGACCGUCCAUUAUUACAUCACCAAGUCUGCAGCCGAGGCCGUCUCUGAUCUCGGAGCCUUCCUUACCACUAAGCACUGGUUCGUCGAUGACGCGGACCCAUUCAGUCGAUCCCCAUCAAUCAUGGGCUAUGACGGGGAGAAGGGCGCCAUCAUCGAGCAAGAUAAACGAACAGCACCAGCAGGCCUUAGUGACGAGGGUGGGGCCGGUGCAUACGUCGCGGCCGCCGUCAAGCAGACCUUUCAGCCCAAUGCCGCCGAGAUCACCAAGCUGGAGGAGUUCGUUGAUAAGGUUCUGUUCAAAACCAUACAAGACGAGAAUUACGCAGUUAAGAGGGAGCUGUUUUACUAUGACCCUGAGCUGGACUACAAUUACACCAUCACAUCCGGCCAGAAGAAAGACUACGUGUACGAGAUCAACCGUGCGUACAACUACAUAUGGCCGGCUGCGACGUACUGGGCCUUGUAUCGGGCAGGAAGAGCCUACCCGGGUUUGCUGAAGACGCAUAAUUGGGAGUGGUAUCUGAACCAAGCCUACAGGACCGUGAUGAGAGGAAUGGAACCCGACAUCGGCUUCAAUGACAAGGGACUCAUGGGCGAGACCGUCUUUGGAAAGAUCUUGGUAGACUUGCAAAGGGAGAAUAGGUCCGUGGAAGCGCACAACUUGACCGAUGUGAUGAGGGCUAGACUCGAUGUUUGGUUGACGGAGGCAUAUCCGUAUGGGAGCGAACAGGCUUGGGACUCCACCGGCCAAGAAGGGGUAUACUUUUGGGCGAGAUAUUUCGGUGAAACGGACUUGGCCACGCGCGUCAAGAACAGCGUGAUGGGCUACAUGACUACGGUCCCACACUGGGGAUACAACGGGAACGCCCGCAGAUACUGGGACUUUGUUGUUGCGGGCAAAAGCCAAGUCGUCGAGCGUCAGAUUCAUCACUACGGGUCCGGGCUCAAUGCUCUCGUGAUGCUUUCAGCAUUUCGUGAUGACCCGACCAACUCCUAUCUACUUCGUGUGGGAUACGGCGGUACAUCCGGCGCGCUGUCCAACAUCCGCGAAGAUGGCUUCGCGUCGUGUGCGAUGCAUGCAUGGCCGGAACAUCUUUCUUGGGACGGGUUCAGUGGGGACUACGGUCCCAAUUUCGUCGGCAUGGUUCUUGGAUCGGGCACGUAUCUCGUCGAUGACCUGGACUAUGGAAUGAUUGCUUACGGUGGGAUCUUGAAAGUUGAUGACGAUCUUAUAACCGUGCAAGUCCGAGACCCUCUGCGUCGCAAAAUCUUCAUUGGACCUCUUGGAGUUGAGAUUGAGCUUGAUGCAGGCAUAGUUGAUCAGUUUACCUAUCAUGUGAAAAGUCAAACAAUAUCCUUGAAAGUAGCGCAACUCGAAGACGGUCCUGAAGCUGAAGCAGCAAUCAUGUGGAUUACUGCCGGCGCCAGCCCUACCAAGGAGGCUACAGAGUACAAGGUUCAGGUAGGCGGGGUUGAGGCAAGUCGAGAACGAGGAGGAAGCAAAUUAGGUCUGACAUCGGGAACGACUGAAGUCUACAUAAAUUAG